GCGUCUGGGCCCAGCUCCCGGCUCCUCCUCCGCUGAAGUCGCGGGCGCGCUCCCUCCCAGCAGCGGGCCCCGGGGUCUGGGCUCGCCCAUCCCGCCCGCAGCCGGCCAGGGGCCCCGGGGGGCGGCGGGGCGGGACCUCGGGCGCGUGCAGACCCCGCCCCGCGCAGGCUGUGGAUUCCAGCCCACCUGGCGACCCGCAGCCCGGGCGGAGGACUAGGCGCCGGAGGAGCCGCCGCAGCACUGCUCGGGAUCCGGCGCGGCUAGUGGGGUUCGGGGCCGCGACCCUGCCCGGGACAUGUGGGCGCCGGGCGGAACCCCGGGGCCCGCGGGCUGGGACCGCCGCAGGUUGGGCGCGAGGCUGCGCGCGGCGCUGGCAGGGCUGCUGGAGCUGCAGGGGCUGCGGGCCGCGCAGCAGGAGCGGGUGAGGGACGCCCUGGCCGCGCAGCCCCCGCCCGCGCCCGCCGCCCCCUGCGGCCCCCACGGCCACGAGCAGCAGCUGGAGGCGGCGCUGGCCGCGGUGCAGGAGCAGCUGUCCCGGCUGAGACAGCAGGACAUUGGCCUGAAGACCCACCUGGACCAGCUGGACCUGCAGAUCAGCAAGCUGCAGCUGGAUCUGGGCACAACCUCAGGAGAGGCCCUGGACAGCGACAGCAGGCCCAGCUCAGGCUUUUACGAGCUGAGUGACGGUGGCUCCUGCUCGCUGUCGACGUCCUGUGCCUCUGUCUGCAGUGAUCGCAUCUCCCCCUCGCUGGGCAGUUUGCUGCCUGUGGCCCAGGCCCCCAAGGCCAGGCCCAGCAUGGGGGACUGGAGGCCCCGGUCGGUUGAUGAGACUGCUGUGCCGGCGUGGAGACCCCAGGCUACCGAGGAGGGCGGCAAGCUGCCAGGCAGCCUGGGGGAGGCAGGCCAGCCGUCGGGCACGUUCUGGCCCAGGCCGGUGUCUACAGGUGACCUCGACAGAGCCCUGCCGGCAGACACAGGGCUCCAGAAAGCCGGCCCCGACCCUGAGCUCCUCGGGCUCCUCUGCCAGGGGGCAGACAUCCCGCUACACGUGCUGGACCCCAAGUAUCGGCAGGACCUGGUGUCGAAGGGAGGCAGGGAGGUGUACCCGUACCCCAGCCCCCUGCACGCAGUGGCUCUGCAGAGCCCCCUGUUUGCCCUGACAAAGGAAACCCUGCAGGGCAGUGGCCCCUCGUCCCCCAGGAAGGCCCCCCUGGGCCCUGCAGCUGUGAGCACUGUCCAGAGUGGGCUGGUCCUCGAGGCUGGCCCGGCCAGAGCCAGAGCCUAUAUCGACAGGCUGCUGUGUCUGUGGGGCCGGGAUACCCCAGCAAAGGGUAGCUGGGGAGAGCAGGGACCUCGGAGGCGUGCAGUGUCCCCAUCCCCACAGAAGCAGGGUGGCUGGAAUACAGAUGGUGGAGGCCAACUUAAGAAGCUGGUCUUUGCCCCAGGGAGGGAAGAUGAGGGAGGGCCAGCUCAGAGGAGGGAUGCCAGCAGGAGUGGCCCCCAGCAGCAGGGACCCGUGCCCCUUGAGAGUCCUCAGCACCCUGGCAGCCUUCCAGAGGAGGGGCCCCAGCCCUCGAACCAUUGCGUCCUCAGAGAGACCAUGGCGGGGCCAUCUCCCAGCUCGCAGGCCCAGCGCACACCCCCACCUCAGGACUGUGGACGAGACGACAUGCUGCCACCCAGGAGGCUGGACGAGAGCCCCCUGCCGUCCUCUGGGCACUCUGCCCACCUGCCCUUUGCUGCCAGCAAGCCUUCACCACCAUGGCUGAAAACGGGUCCCCCCAAGAGCAAGCCUGAAAAGAUGAAGAGAAGGCCCACGGACAAAGUGCUGAGGUUCGCAGGGCAGCCAUCACUUCGGCUGGAGAGGCUUGAGGGUGCCCAGGCCGCCACCAAGCUAUCCCUGGAGUGGGACCCUGCCCACUGGCCCCCAGGGAGGGGCGCGCUCCAGAGGAGGCCGGCCCUGGCCUGGGAGGUGCCUGGGCGCUCCUGUUCUGAGUCUACUCUCUACCCCAUGCCCAUCCUCGUCCCCCUGGCGGUGGCCCCGCAGGAGAGCCAGCGGACCUCAGCCCAUGCCCUGUUCCCCUUGGAGGCGACACUGCUCACCUCGGCGGCCAGGAGGAAGCAUGGCCGCUGGCAGUCCACUGUGGACAUCUCGGUGCGGGCCCGCCUGGCUGGUUACCCAGAGUCUAACCUGGGGCCCCACAGACCCACGGCCAGGAGGGUGGGUGGCCCACAGGCCCGGGGCCGGCCCGCACUGGUCCGCCAGGAUGCCCACACCAGGAGCGACUCAGAGCCCUCCAAUCACUCGGCCGAGUGUGACCCGCGGUUCCCCUCGGUUAUCCCGGAGACCAGUGAGGGGGAGGCCAGUGAGCACACCACCAGCCGAUUCGCAGACCACGAGUCCGGCAGCAGCGACGGGGAGGGCGGCGGCCGGAGCAGGGACUGCGGCAUGGCACUGGGCCACGCAGCGGCCGGGCACAGGGAGCUGGCCUGGCCCCAGGCGGCCCCGGUCAGCUCAAGGCCACUCCUGUCCCCCGUGCCCAAGCUGUGCCGUAUCAAGGCCUCCAAGGCCCUGAAGAAGAAGAUCCGCAGGUUCCAGCCGACGGCCCUGAAGGUCAUGACCAUGGUGUGAGCCGCAGCAGCUGUCGGAGACGCUGGUGCACACAGAGGCUCUUUCCAUGCGGUGACCUGUGGUUGGCUGUUCCAGUGGUGCCUAUCUCCCGAGGCCACCACGGAACAGGAGGCCUCUCAGAUGGGCUCUGCCUGUGUAGUGCAGCCGUGCGCCCUGCCCCGGCGAAGACCCGGCUGACCCAGCGUCUCGACUCAGCAUCUCCCCAGAAGCUAUUUGUUCCUGACAGUGCCUGUUCCUGCCUCGUCAUCCUCCCGAGGCUUUGCCUGCCCUCCCUCCACGCCGCUGGGGACGCGGUUUCCAGUCUUUCAGCCAUUCCUCCCCAAAAGCAUCUUAAAGAGACAGUUGUGGGACUCUGUGCUGGAA